ACCGCACAACAUGCCAGUGUCAUACCAGUGUGUAUAAUGGGAGUGUAACCCGAGUGCCUGCGGGAUUAGUACCACCCUCACAUCAGCGCUGGGAACACUCCGGCUUUGUAUGUGCAGUUACUGGCGGUGUCUGCAGUCAGGGCCCAGUGUGUGGAAAAUCUCCUCCUCCCCAAUCACAGAACUUUCCUCUGACACAAGACUCUGGCUAGAAAUAACUGACGACUCCGAUGAAGCAGCCUGAAGGGAGCGAGCACAUGGGGGGCUGCUGACAGCCGGGACCCCAAACCUGCCACACUGCGAGCUGCGCUGCCAUAUUUACUGAAGUGGACACGGCUUUUACAAACUCGUCCUGACUGAAAUAACACGAAGCGUUCCCCUAGGCUGCCGCUGAGAACUGCACCCGUCCCGUCCGCCAUGCUGCCCGCUGUCAUUAUAAUAACCGCGCUGGCGGCUGGAGUAUUUUCCCAGUAUCCCGAGCAUCCACACGGCUGUUCUCAAGGCAGCUGCUAUCCUGCCACUGGGGACCUUCUCGUGGGCCGGGCCGAUAAACUGAAGGCUACGUCAACCUGUGGACUGCAGAGAGCACAGACCUACUGUAUCGUGAGUCACCUCCAGGAUGAGAAGAAAUGCUUCGUCUGCGACUCGCGGAGACCUUACAACCGACUGACCAAUCCCAUCAGCCAUCGCAUCGAAAAUUUGGUUACCACGUUUGCUGAAGAUAGGAAGAAAGUCUGGUGGCAAUCUGAGAACGGCGUCCCAGAUGUCAGCAUUCAGCUAGACCUGGAAGCAGAAUUUCACUUCACUCACCUCAUCAUGACUUUCAAGACCUUCAGACCGGCCGCCAUGUUAGUGGAGCGUUCCGCGGAUUUCGGACGGAGCUGGAAGGUUUACAGAUACUUUGCCUAUGACUGCGCGUCCGUCUACCCGAAUAUUUCACGCAGCAUCCAAAGGCAGGUGGACGAUCUGAUCUGCGAAUCUCGAUAUUCGGAAAUCGAGCCAUCCAAUGAAGGAGAGGUGAUAUUCAAAGUUCUGGAUCCAGCUAUUCACAUCAGGGACCCGUACAGUCCUCGUAUUCAGAAUCUUCUGAAGAUCACCAACCUGAGGGUUAAUUUCACCAGGCUGCACACGCUGGGCGAUAAUUUACUGGAUUCUCGAGUGGAAAUAAAGGAAAAGUAUUAUUACGCCCUGUACGAGCUGGUGGUGCGGGGUAACUGCUUCUGUUACGGUCACGCCUCCGAGUGUGCCCCCAUCGAAGGCAUCUCCAGGGACGUGGAGGGCAUGGUCCACGGGAGAUGCGUCUGUAAGCACAACACCAAGGGGCUGAACUGCGACCAGUGCGACAGCUUCUUCAACGACGUUCCCUGGAGGCCGGCCGAAGGGCGCAGCAGCAAUGCCUGCAAAAAAUGCAACUGCAACAAUCAUUGCCGAAAGUGUCACUUUGACAUGGCGGUGUACCUGUCCACCAGAAACACGAGCGGCGGCGUCUGUGACGACUGUCAGCAUAAUACAAUGGGACGAAACUGCGAGCUCUGCAAGCCUUUCUACUACAAAGACCCCAGCAGGGAUAUUCGAGACAGCAACGUUUGCAAAGCCUGCGACUGUGACCCGGAUGGCUCUCUGGACGGUGGACUCUGCGAUACUCAGGACGACCCGGCUCUGGGGCUCAUCGCCGGACAGUGCCGCUGUAAAGACUAUGUGCAGGGCCCCAGAUGUGACCGAUGCAAGUCAGGCUUUUAUGGGCUCAGUGCAAACAUCAUCCAAGGAUGUAAACGGUGCCAGUGCGACCCCAGGGGCACCAUCUCCGAUGGCUCCCAUUGCGACCCCGUCAGUGGAGGCUGCUUCUGCAAGCGUUUUGUCACCGGACGAGGCUGUAACCAGUGUCUGCCGGAAUACUGGGCUCUUAGCCACGACCUCCAUGGGUGCCGGGCCUGCGACUGUGACGUCGGUGGCGCAUGGGAUAACCACUGCGCAGCUGAGACGGGUCAGUGUCGGUGCAGAAAUAACAUGGUGGGCAGGCAGUGUAGCCUGGUCAAAUCUGGCUAUUAUCGAAUAGACUUGGACCAUUACUCCUAUGAGGCUGAGUCAGCUCUGCUACGACAGGGUUGCUCAGUAUCCGAGCGCGAGCGUCCAGCGGGUCAGCCUGCUACAUGGACGGGUCCGGGAUUUGCUCUCGUUCCUGAGGGUGGAGUUCUGGAGUUCCAGAUCAGUAAUAUUCCCUACUCUAUGGAGUACGAGGCAGUCCUCCGGUAUGAGCCAAAGUUUCCUGAGAGGUGGCAGCAGGUGAAGAUAUCCAUUAUCAGACCGGGCCCUAUUCCGUCCAGCAGUCCCUGCGGUAACACCAUUCCUUCUGAUGACCUGAUGACUACUUCUCUUCCUACCACUACCAGACAUGCUGUUCUGCCUCAGCCAAUCUGCCUGGAGCGCGGGGUCAGUUACACCAUUCGCCUUGAAUUCACCAGAUACAGCUCUCGGGAGAGAGUUAAAGGAGCCAGUAUUCUGAUCGACUCUUUGGUUCUUGUCCCACGCUACUCCUCUCUGGAGAUGUUUAUCGGAGGAGACUCGGCUUCCAUUCAGCGUAAGGAUGCAUUCGAGCGAUUCCGCUGCCACAGCAAUAGCGGCAGUGUCCAAAAAUCAUCGACCAAUGAGGUGUGCUCCAAAUUGAUCACCAGUAUGUCGGCCAUCCUUCAUGAGGGCGCCCUGGCCUGCAACUGUGACCCUCAAGGAUCACUGAGUUCAGAAUGUGACCAAAAUGGCGGCCAGUGUCGGUGUAAACCCAACGUCAUUGGACGCCGCUGUGACCGAUGCGCCCCUGGGACUUAUGGAUUUGGACCAUCCGGCUGCAAAAGCUGUGACUGCAAUCUAGAGGGCGCCAGCCACAACUUCUGUGACCAGUAUAAUGGGCAAUGCCCUUGUCGGACCGGUGCCUAUGGAUCAAAGUGUGAUCGGUGCCAACCAGGCCACUGGGGCUUCCCUAACUGCAGGAAAUGCCUGUGCAACGGGCAUUCAGAAGAGUGCGACCAGAAGACGGGCGCCUGUCUGAACUGUCGGGAUAGCACUACAGGAGACAGAUGCGAGAGAUGUUCGGCUGGAUACUUCGGAAAUCCCGUGCUGGGAUCUGGUGAUCACUGCCGGCCGUGUCCUUGCCCCGAGGGUCCCAACAGUGGGAGACACUUUGCUGUGUCCUGUCAUCAAGACCCUCGAUCGCGGCAGGUCAUCUGUAACUGUAACCAGGGCUAUACAGGACUGGUAAAGAGGUCAGGAGGGGCCCGGCUAACUACCGGAUCCAAAUGCUGCCUGAAUAAGCCAAAAUGCAGACAGGUCCCGUGGACCAUAAGAGGUUCCCGAUGUGACGAGUGCGCCCCCGGCUUCUAUGGGAAUCCCUUUCAAGUUGGAGGACGGUGCCUUCCCUGCCAGUGCAACAACAACAUCGACAUGACGGACACGGGGUCCUGCGACCGUCGUACCGGACAGUGCCUCAAGUGCCUGUAUAACACAGAAGGGAGGUUCUGCGAGCAGUGCCGGGUCGGCUACUACGGCGACGCCUCGAGACGCAACUGUAAUAAGUGUGUAUGUAAUCACCUGGGGGAGGACCGCAGCCAGUGCAGCUCCAGGGAGGAGUGCGUGUGUGACAGAACAGGCGGGCAGUGCCAGUGCCUUCCUAACGUCAAGGGUCAAAGCUGUGACCGCUGUAGUCCCAACUUUUGGAACCUGGCAAGUGGAAAGGGGUGUGUCCCCUGCAACUGCGACCCCCACAACUCUUUCGGCUUAAGCUGUAACGAGUUCACAGGAAGGUGUCAGUGCAGACCCGGAUUUGGGGGCUCCACAUGCACAGAAUGUCAGGAGAACUAUUGGGGGAACCCAAACAUUCAGUGCAGAGCUUGCGACUGCGACCGUCGAGGCAUUCAGUCACCACAGUGUAACCGCGCCACCGGCCACUGCACUUGUCGCCAAGGAGUUUCGGGUGUGCGCUGUGAUCAGUGCGCCCGGGGGUUUGCCGGACAGUUCCCUGACUGUCAGCCCUGCCACGAAUGCUUCGGAGACUGGGACCGUAUCGUUCAGGAUUUGGCGACCCACAGCCGAGACUUGAUACGUCGAGCUAAGGAUAUCCAUCUGACAGGCGUGGAUGGAACCUACAAGAAGAACUUUAAGGAGAUCCAAGAGAAGCUUUCCAGAGCCCGCAAAAUCAUAAAGGCCCGCAACGCCACCGUGGAGUCAGUGACCAACCUGAUGAAGAUCAUGGAUGACCUACGAAAUAAAAUUAACGAAUCCACCGAGACCUUGACCCAACUGGAAGGAGAACUCACCAGCGUACAAGAUGAGAAUUUCGAUGCCAACCAUGACCUGGCCGAGCUGGAAAGGGAAGUUCGGAGCCUAAACAUGACGGCCAAAGAGAGGGCUCAUCAGCUGGACGUACUAAAGAACUCCAACUUUUUAGGAGCGUACGACAGCAUCCACCAGUCCUUCGCGCGGUCCAGAGGGGCCGAGCAGCUAGUAAAUGCCUCCGUGAUAAGUGUCCCCAGCCAUGUCAGCGAUUCUGCCAAAACCAGAGACAAAACGGAGCAGCUCAUGGUUCACAAACGAGACGACUUCAACCGGAGGAACGCAGCCAACCGCCGGGCCCUAAAUGAUCUCAAGGCGAAAACGGACACGUUAGACCUGAAGAACAUCAACGAGAAGGUCUGUGGGGCCCCUGGAGAUGUCCCCUGCGCAGAGAACCCCUGUGGUGGUGCUGGCUGCCGUGAUGAUGAAGGUAAAAGGCACUGUGGCGGCCUGAGCUGUAACGGCGCGGCUGCAACUGCUGAUAAUGCACUGGAUCGGGCCAAGCACGCAGAGGAGGAGCUACAGGAGGCGCUACGAGACGUGGACGUCCUAUUCCGAAAGGUGGCGGAGGCGAAGGCGAAUGCGGACAGAGCUAAACAGAGGGCGCAGGCGACUCUGGAACGAGCCAGUGAGACCAAGGGAAGGGUAGAGCAAUCCAAUAAAGAACUGCAGCAGCUGAUCCAGCAGAUCAAAGACUUCCUGAACCAAGAGGGAGCAGACCCAGACAGCAUCGAGAUGGUGGCAAGCCGCGUCCUGGACCUUUCCAUUCCUGCAACUCCGCAACAGAUCCAACGCCUCGCAGAGGAGAUCAAGGAGAGGGUGAGCGCCCUCGCCAACGUAGACGCCAUUUUGGACCACACGGCAGCUGAUGUCCGCAGGGCUGAGCAACUGCUGAACGAGGCCAAGCGAGCAAAGAACCGUGCUGAGAAUGUAAAAAACGCUGCAGAGUCUGUGAAGAAAGCUCUGGAAGAUGCCAGAAGAGCCCAGAACGCUGCAGAGGGCGCCAUCCAAAGUGCCAAUGACGAUAUAGCAAACACCGAGACGAAGUUAACUGCGAUCCAGUCAGAAACAUCCAGUGCCGAGAGUCGCCUCAAUGACGCCAUGGAUCGGGUCGGCCUCCUGGAUAAACAGAUCGACGCGCUCAAAGUGAAACGGGCCGGGAACAGCCUGGCAGCGACGCGCGCAGAGGAAUCGGCCAGCGCAGCCCUGGACAAAGCCAACGAUGCAAAGAAGGUGCUGGACGGACAGCUCGGAGAUCGAUAUAAAACCGUCCAGAAUUUUGUAGAACACAAGGCGAAAAACAUAAAGGACGCAAAGAAUAAAGCAGAUCAGCUACGGGACGAAGCGAAGCAGCUGCUGAACAACGCACAGAAUAAGCUGGAACGGCUUCAAGAAUUAGAGGCGUCGUAUGAGAAGAACGAGGUUAUCCUCCAAGAGAAAGCAAAGCAGCUGGACGGCCUGGAAGACAAGAUGAAGAGGAUCCUCGAAGCCAUAAACCAUCAGAUUCAGAUAUACAACACCUGUCAAUAAAGAAAAUCACCAGUGAAGGACCAAACGCAAAGACACGAAGCGACAAAUCACUUAAGGGGGUUCUAAAAAUUAGGCAGCAGAUAUACUCUGCUUAAAGGGGGCUGUGAAGGAUGGCAAAAACAUGGCUUCUUUCUUACAACAGCGCCACACGGGACACAGAUGGUGUGUGGUAUUGCAUUUACAUUCAUUUCAAUGGAGCUGAACUGCAGUACCUGUUACCACCAGUAGACAUGUGUGGCGCUGUGUGUAGAGUAAAAAGCAGCCAUGUUUUUCUAAUCUUGUGAGGUAUGCAGCCACAUCCAUCCUAAGGGCUGAGGCAGGACACAGUCUUAUCCUCCUCUCUAUCCUUGCACUGCCAUAGAGGCAAAUACUUGACCACUGUAAUGUGUCUGCUAUUCAUUUAUCACCCCUUUAAAGGGAUUGUCCGAAUUGGUCCAAAAAUUACCUAAGGGUAAAACAAUAAAAGAUGCGUUACUUGCCCGUCUAUUCUCCCACCAUUCCAGCACCGCUGGUGAUGUACCCACAUAUCCAGAGGACCGUUGCGGUCACUGGCCUCGUCGGUAUAAAGUACGAGACCACUGAAGACAGUUUAUUGGCUGCAGCAUUUCCGUAGAUACAGCAUGUCACUGCUGCAGCCACGUAAACAGGGACUGGCGGGGAGGAUCAGAGCACCGGCGCUGAAAUGGAGGAGCAAUUACAGGAUAUUUCUUUCUUAUUUUAUUGUUUUAUCACAUUUUCCCUCCCCUGGGGGCGAUUUUUUGGUCCAGCUUAGACAAUCCCUUUAAAUUAUCAUCCAGCGUGCUGUAUGGAGUUGUCACAGAUAUUUCACUUAUUGUAACCCAAGGCUCUUUCUGAUGGUCAACUUAUAAUAAAACUGACCUGAGUGUCCAUGUUACAUGCAGACUGCCUUUGAGCUUUGUAUUAUUUAAAGGGGUUGUCCAGGGCUAGAAAAAAAA